UGAGUCAGAGUGUUGCAACUGCAUUAAGACUGCACAUAGGAGAAGAAGCAGAAGAAACAGCUAUAUUCUUAGAAAUGUUUGACAAGUUUUUUGAUUCUUUAAAUGUCACCAACUACACGACAUGUAUCACAAAGAGGAAAUAUUUUCUCACAGUAUACAGGUCGCCAAAUGAUUUCAGACUACAGUGGCUUGAAAAUACUUUUCUAAAAUGGCUGGGAGAUUGGCAGAAAGAAGCAGAACUAAGAGAAGACUUGAGCAAGAGUAAUCGAAAAAAAUUGACACUAAGUGAAGAAACCUUGCUAGGAAUUAAAAUUACAACUCACUCAUUUAUUGACCUCAUUAAGUUUAUAUUCACAAUUCCUGGAGUGAAGUCAUUUUUAAGUGAGAGGUUGUCCCAGGACCCACUUGAGAAGUUCUUUGGGAGGCAGAGACAGAGAGGCAGGGCCAAUAAAAACCCUACUAGCAGUGAGUUUUUAAAAAACAAUCGGGCACUACGGCUAGUAAACUCAAUCACAAUUGAGACUCACAAGGGAAAUACGAGAGGAAAAGAAGAGGACUUGACAACCUAUGUCUCAACAAAACCAUUGGAAAGAAAAAGAAAGAGCAAAGCAGUAUGCAAUGAUGAGGGCCAACAAACAAAAAAGAAAAAAACUUCAGAAAUAUCACUUGAGCUUGUUUUGGAUCAAGAUGAAGUACAAUCCAGAGAAAUAGAUCUACUAAAUAUCAUCUCUGACACUAUUGACAAUGGUUUCAAUGUCUCUUCAACUGAAGCAAGUAAGGCUAAAGAGAAUGCUUUACAGUUGAAAGAAUGGAUGGAAAAAAAUCCAGAGUACCUCUUAUUUGAUCAGUAUCUGUCUCAGCUGUUUGCUCUCUGGAUAUCUGUACCACCAACAACAUCAUUAAUUCGUGAACAAAUCUGGAACAGAUUUAUGUCCUUCAUUUCUUCAAAUCAGUACACCCUUUUCUGGAAAAACCUCCAUUUAAAAGCUGGAACGACACAUUCACCAAUCUUGUCAUUUCACUUGACAUAUUCAUACUUCACCUUCACACUGAAGUUAAAAUAUCCCACCACAAUUUCCUCCAUCGAAAUGUCCAGGAGUCCUGAAACGUCUCAUCUACAAUAUGAUGAAGAGAAUGCAAUAUGGUAUAUUGGGGGAUAUAUAAUAAGGCAAAUAAAGAAGAGGUCCCAAUACACACACUUACAUGACAUGAUUGAUAGUUUUCUAGAAGCAGAGUCUGAUGAUGAUGAUGAUGUGGGCGGUGAUAUCAAAGACAGUCAAGAUCAUGCUCAACAAUGGCUGAACUUAAUAAAUCGAGGUGGCUUGCUAAAGUGUAGCAAUGAUUUUUAUCAGCUCUUACGGUGUGUUGAGUUUGAAAUGAAGGCAAUACUUCCACCAACAAGUAGCAACAUUGGAGAGCUAGGAGUAUUAAGUAAGACCAUUGCCGAAAAAGAGACAGUUCUGGAGAUGUGGAAAAUCUUACAAAAUUACGACACUGAAAACACAGAUAAACUGAAGGAAGAAAUCAUAUCCAUCUACAUUAAAAUUCGCAUCAAGGCAUAUCUCAUGAAAUCAAUGGAGGCACUGAAAAAAGCAAAGGAGAAGAAAAAUAUACAAAAAAGUCUAAGUUUUAGAUCAGCAAUAAAUAACUCAUAAUAAAUAAUGACUAUUCUAAACUUACUAUCAACAUAUCUAUCAUUAUCAGUGUUAUUAUCAGUGUGCUGCUAUGCUAUGAUCGCUAUAACGGCUCGAUCAUCUACCAUCUUAAACUCUCCACAUGUUGUAAAAUUGAAAAUAAUCCUUUAUUUUAAAAUUAUUACGGUAGCAUUGUG